GUUGACGUAUGCAUGUGAGUAAGUGACUACGGAAAUCAGAGUACAAUGGCAUUAUGCCUGCACUUGACCAAGUUAAAGGGUAACAAAAAGGCAGGGAAAUGUCCUUCCUCCUAAUUCUACUGGCUGCUGUGUUUGCUGGAAGUGUGAAUUCCAAAGACAAUAGCUCUUCUAGCAAUGGCCUUGAGGAUGGCUUGUCUUGGAAUGAUGCUGAGAAGGAUAUCUCGCUUCUAAAUAAUGGUUCAGUGGACCUGGAAACUGAAACCCCAAAGGAAUAUUUGAAAGUACAUCUGAACGGCAGCUUGGGCAGCUCUUACUCCAAUACACCAGACGGCAAUCUAACCUCUGCUCCGAAUGGGCUGCAUCCUCUUUUAUCCAAUUAUAACUACUUAGCAAUUGCUAUUCCUCUUGUGCUUCUAUUAAUACUAUUGGCAGUUGUGAUUGGAGUGAUGAUUAAACGCCAUAAAGGAAAGCCUAUGACUUUAGCCUACAAGAAGGAUUUUUAUCAGUCACCCGGUGAUGACGCAGACGAUGUGAAGAUAGAAAGUCCUUUAUUUGAGGAUGACAUCCCCUCUGUUCUGGAACUGGAAAUGGAGGAUCUAGAAAAAUGGAUGGAUACUCCAGAGAAACCUGCUGAGAGUGAUGGCUUGCCUUCUGUAAAAGAAGAACCAGAUUCCAAACUCAGCGAGCCAGAAUCAUGAAGCAGUUGAAAUGGUUUCUUCUUCGUCAUCCAUAUCUACGGUUUUGUAUUCAAAUAAUGGUACAUGUAGUUCUUCUUGAAAGGGUGGUACAUCAAGAUGUGUUAUUGAUAUAUAAUAUAAUAUAAUAUAAUUGAUAUUGGCAUUUUGUUACUUUUUUAAUUCUGUGUGCAAUAGGUCAACUGAAGAACAAUUGGUUGAUCAUCAUUUCUUGAGUGAACCUUAAAGAGUAAGUAGCUGAGUUCUGAAAAAUAUAGAGUUGUAAGUCCCCACAUGCUGCUAUAACUGUUUAAAUAAUGUACCUGUCAUUUUUCUUUUCAUUAUUAACAGAUUAACAGGGUUUCAUAUCUGUCUUCUGAAUCAGGGUUUCCCUAUCCUGGUCCUGGGGACCCCCUGUGGCUGCUGGUUUUCAUUCCAACUGAGUUGUCAAUUACUUAAUUAAACCCUUAAUUGAACUGAUCAUUUGCAUAGUAAGACGUUUUUACUUGUUUUCAGCUCUUAAACAGUUGCAGAGUUCAAGUUGGCUGUAACAUUUUAUAAGUAACUUGAACUCUGCAACUGUUUAAGAGCUGAAAACAAGUAAAAAGCUCUAACUAAGCAAAUUAAUAGUUCAAUUAAGGGUCUAGUUAAGCAAUUAGGGAUUGGGAAACCCUGCUCUAAAUCACUGAAGGAAGAGCGAUUUAAAAAAUAAAAAAAUAAAAAAAUAAAAAAAAACAAGUGCUGGGUUUUCUGUUCUGUACCACAUCAUGGAUCGUUAUUGCUGUGGGCAAUAAUCCUUACACUAUCAGUGCACAGUGCACUGUGAAAAGAGCUUUGAAGCAGACUUUAAAGUCAUAAGUGUAAAAAGUUGUCAGGAUUUUAACAAUGACAACAAAAAUGACAGGUACGUUAUUUAAACAGUUGUAGUAACACGUGGGGACGUGUAAUGCUAUAUUUUUCUGAACCCCAGUACUUGCUCUUUAAAUGUAGUACAGUAUACAUUAUAAUAAAGAAUAAUAACAGUAUAAUUUAAAUUGUAGUUAAAAAGAUUCACAUGUAUUAAAUGGAUGUCUGGCCAGGGGUAAAAGAUAUAAUGGAAUUAUUAAUAUUAUUUGUAUGUUUUAAAUCACAUGCAUACCCACAGAUGUACAAAGUCAAGUAUAUAUAUUUUUAAAGAAUACUUCCUAUUCUAGUAAAAAUGCAUGUUUUUUUUUUAUCAAUGAGAUCUUACUUUUUUACAGCGCAAAUAUUUUAACUAACUAUUUUUUGUAUUUAACACAAAAACAAUAGCCUAUUGUAUCUAUUUCUAGGCAGCUAAUGAAAUGAAUCAUUGUUGAGUUUACCGCAGUAUGUUUACACAAUAUUUUUGCAGUUUUACUAUGUAUUUACCAUAGUUUGCCCUGGUUUGCUACGUUUACUAAUAUCCUUUACCAUACCUCACUAUUCUUUACAGUGCUUUCCUAUGCUUUACCAUGCAUUCACUAUGCUGUAAUACACUUUGCUAUGAUUUUACUAUGUGAAACUUUGAUAAGGGUAUGUCGUCUACUUGAAAAUAAUGCAGACAGAUUCAUAAUUUAUUUCUAAUAGAAUAUCAUAUAGGAGCUAUACGUGUUGAUUUCAUGUGGAUUUGCAGCCCAUCCCCCACCUAUUAUUCAGCAUGUAUGAAAAAUAUAUUAUGCUGGCACCCAUCUGACUGGGUUGAACAUCUUACCUGCUGCUGCUGUAUUUGCUAUAGAUUUCUAAUGCAUAUGUGAUCGAGAAUUUGUAUGCCGGGGCAAUGGAGCAGGACCAAUGGGUCUAAAAAGCAAUACAUAUAGAUAAGGACUAUGUGACAGUACACAUUUGUUUAAUAUCCCUCUAUAAUGUAUUAGUAUUUCAUAAGAAUAAGGGCAGCUAGGUGUGGUGUUAUUGUACUCUGCGAGCUGUGCCAUGUAUACAUAGGUAUUGUUGUGUCAAGCUGUUGAAAAAUGAACUCUUAGCAACAGCAUUCUUCUACCAGCAGACCUAGAGCAGAUUCGCUCAUUUUGAGAGUUUUGUUUUGUCUCAGAAUUAAGCCGUCUCAUAAAAUAUCAGAAUUCAUAAUGCAUUACAAUGGAGUAUUUCAACCUCGCUGCUGUUUUUUUCUUGGUAAAGGGUAUCGCUUAAAUAAGGUACUUUAUUACCAUUUCUAAUUUAGACAACUGGCAGAAAUCUUUCAUUUCAUUUUUGUCUAUGACAACAGUUAUCAUUUAGUAUUUUUAAUCCAAUUCUGCUAGCUUGUUAGUAAGGAUGCUUUUUUUUUUUACCAAUUACAAAUAUGCUGUUGAAGAGCAAAUGUGGAGAAAUAUAAUCAAAUAUAAAUCUGUUGAUUGCCGUAAUAUAAUAUUUAAUGUUUACAAUCCUGUGUGUUUUCUAAUUGUAGGAUUCAAAGUAACCAACUGAGGCCUAUCCAAAGAUCUGGAUUAUUAAACUUGAUCAUUGUAAUAAUGAAAGGCAAAUAAUAGUUAUCCCCAUCUUUCUAAAGGUACAAAUAUUUUUAUGCAAAAUGUCUCUGUUCUGUAAUCUACAAUGUAUUGAUUUGUGUUUUGUCUCCACAGUUCAACAAUAAAUGUAUAUUUUUA